CCGACCGAGUCCAUCUCGUCCACGCCAUUCAGUCGCACAACUGUUGCUCGACCGACCACGCCACCGUUCGUGCCCCUCCCCCGCCGUGGACGAUCGUCAGAGUGAAAAUGUUAUCGCCGUGGACCGCGAAUAAUAGUUUUAAAUAAAAUCUCCGCCGCCGCCGUGUCGUCGUCGUCGUCGUCGUCGUCGUCGUCGUAUUAAUUUUCACCUGGUCCCACUCAUCUCUCGGGUCAUCGGGUCGGUCGUCUGGACGUGAGUGCGUUUUUCCAGUGCGUUCGUACAUUUUAUAUUGUAGAUCACUUGCGAGACAGACUUGAUCGACGCGAUUUUAUAUGACGCCACGAUGACGCUGCGGUCGACGAUCGGUGAGACGACCGCCGCCGAUGCCACGGUGACGACCACGACCACGGUUAUUGUUGUCGCCGUGUACGCGAACCGGAUAAUGCCGAAAUCCCACUGAACCCGUCGCGACGUCCGAGUGCUCAACGUAUAUUCACACACAUCCGUAGUCGUUAUUGGUUUGACGGAAAAUAAACUUAUAACCGGAUUCGCGACGCACAUCCCGGAGACCACGCGGAUACACUGAUGGUUGUCCUCUGACGGUUUCGCAGUGGCGACUCGCACCGCCGCCGCCUCAGCCACGGCAAACGUUGUCUCAGCAGCCACUAUUGCCACCGCCGACCACACCGCCGCCGCCACUGAGGCCGACACCGACAUGACGUCGCACCACGCCGAUCGGAGGUCGUGAGUGCGCCGGCCGGCGUACCACGCUCAGAAAGCCAUGUGCACAGCGGCCACCGGAUGUUGGCGUGGCCGUUUUGUGUCGACAUGAACCGCGCCGAAGAGGUGCAGCUGUUUCGCAAGUCCAGGGAAGUGUCACUGAGGAGCAACGGCAGCGGGACAGGGACCGGAGGGGCGGGCGGGUCGCCCGUCAUCGACAGGGUCGCGUCCACCGAACUGAAGCAGCUGCAACAACAGCAUCAGCAACGGCCACGCGUUGGAUGUGCGGGCGGCGCUGGCGGGAUCGGUGGCGGCGGCGGUGGUGGCCAACCGGAAGUGGACUGCGACGAGCGGCGUCGGCAGCAGCGGUUUGACGGCGGCAAGCAGGAAGCCGCACCGGACCAACAGGUCCGGCCGCCGCACCACCACAGGCGGAUGCCCAGGUUCGGCGAGGCGCACCACCGGCGGGUGCCCACGCCGCUCAAGAAGCGCCGGCAGCCACGCGAGGACUUCGCCGACCCGCCGACGCCGAGCAGCGAUGCCGACGACGCGGCCAUUGUCGAGGUGGUGACCGCCGGGGGCGAUGCCAAACCACCCGCGCCGCCCGGCGUCCCCGACCCAUAUUACCCCAUUUACCUACCCAUCGACCAGGCGUUCAAGGCCAAGUACGUGUUCCACCAGCGGAAGGGCAAGACGUUCCAGGAGAAAGUCUACGUGUUCCUCGAACACCCGUGCGGAUGGAUCUGUUUCAUUUACCAUUUCGCUGUGUUCAUGGUCGUUUUGGUGUGCCUGAUUUUCAGCGUACUAUCGACGAUCGACGAGUAUUCCGGGUUUGCGAACGAGACGCUAUUUUGGAUGGAAAUUUGCCUGGUCGUGUUCUUUGGCGUCGAGUAUAUGAUACGAUUAUGGUCGGCCGGUUGCAGGUCCAAGUACAUGGGCACUUUCGGCAGGUUCCGUUUCGUCCGGAAACCCAUAUGCAUCAUCGAUCUAAUCGUUGUCGUGGCGUCAAUCGUGGUCUUAUCAAUCGGUUCCAACGGACAGGUGUUUGCCACAUCGGCGAUAAGAGGCAUUAGGUUUCUACAAAUAUUGAGAAUGCUUCACGUGGACCGUCAGGGCGGUACAUGGCGGCUUCUCGGCUCAGUUGUAUUUAUUCAUAGACAAGAGCUCAUCACUACGUUGUACAUAGGAUUUUUAGGUUUAAUAUUUAGCAGCUACUUUGUUUACCUCGCUGAAAAAGAUGCGGUCAGUAAGGACGGGAAAUCCAGAAACGAUUUUUCUAGCUACGCGGACGCGCUCUGGUGGGGAGUGAUCACUGUUACGACGAUAGGUUACGGUGACGCAGUGCCUCAGACGUGGAUCGGCAAGAUCGUCGCCUCGUGUUUCAGCGUGUUCGCGAUUUCGUUCUUCGCUUUACCAGCUGGCAUAUUGGGUUCUGGGUUCGCAUUGAAAGUGCAGCAAAAACAACGGCAGAAGCAUUUCAACCGGCAAAUACCUGCGGCCGCGAUGCUGAUACAAUGCCUGUGGAGGUGCUACGCGGCGGAUAAAUGUUUCAACAGCCAAGCCACUUGGGACAUUUACAUCAAGGAACCGGGACACCCGAAAGAUAACUCGUCGUUGAGUAAAUCUUUGAUCAUGCAAGUAGCGAAGCGCGCCAGCGUCUUGAAGCGGAAGAGAUCAAAAAGCAAAAUGGACACACCCGGAACGACGAAUAAUAAUAGGGAUUGCCCGCAAGCUCAAACUUUACCCCCACCGCCCAGAAGGGACAGUGACGGCGAAGUCGUUUUCUACAUAGAAGAACCCAAAGCGACCACUCCUAAUCGCGUUAGAAGAGAAACUAGAGGAUAUGUCAGCCAGACGAGUUCCGUGACGGAAGCUGCAAGCGACGAAGUCGACUUGGAAAUGGAACCAGAGCGAGUGACCACGUUAACCGACGUACACAAAAAUGCUAUUCGAGCCAUUAGAAAAAUCAAAUAUUUUGUAGCCAGAAGAAAAUUUCAACAAGCUAGAAAACCAUACGAUGUACGUGAUGUUAUCGAACAAUACAGCCAAGGUCAUUUAAAUAUGAUGGUUCGAAUAAAGGAAUUGCAAAGAAGGUUAGAUCAAACGCUCGGAAAGCCAGGAAGCUACCUGGCAGGAAUUGAUCGAUCAGGCAAUGUUAAGCCUAUGACAAUUGGUGCUCGUUUGUAUAGGCUAGAACAGCAGCUAUCCAUUAUGGACAAGAAGCUGGACCAGUUGGUGUACCUUUUAAACGUCCAGACGCACAGACAACAGUUUCCGGCCUUAGAAGAACAAGUUUAAACGUUUUAAAAGACUAUCAAAACGUCUCAUUUUCAUAGAUCACCCGACCAAUGUUAUUAUUUUAUUAAGGAACAAAAUAAACUUCUUACAGUCACGCAAAAUUAAUGUACACACAUAUCCGUUUGACUAAAAAAAGCUUUAUCUGGUAAUUUUAUCCUUUCGAUGACGUGGACAACAUUAUUGGUUGUUGAAUGACAACAACUGUAAUAAUAAAUACAAAUAAUAAUAAUAACGAUAAUAAUACUAUUUAGACGAAAAUAAAUAUUUUUAUGAGAACCCUUGUCUGAAGCAUUCUUAUGACGGAACCUAAUUUUAGGCUAAUGCACAAUAAAAUUUAAUAUAAUAUAUUAUAAUUAAAUAUAAUUAUCGUUAAAUAAAUCUAAAACACUAUUUUUCUAUGUCUAUUUAAUACAAAAAUCGUACUUGAAUUAAUAUUAUAAAUACAUUUAAUUAUUCUAACAAUAAAAUGUUAAAAUAUGCUUUGUCAGUAAUUUAGUGUAAAACACUUAAAUCAAUAUCUCUCGUAAACACUUAAAAGUAAAAUUAACUUUAGUUGUUAGUUUUUUUUUAUAUAACGACUGGUGAUUCCUUUAGGCUUAAUUAAUUCGAAUUUUAUACAUUCUUAGGGUUACAUGGAUAUUAAUAUGUUGUAGUUGGUAAAAACAAAUUGAGCUUAUAGGUGUUAGGUAUAGUUUUAAUCAAAUAAUCUGUUAUUUAUUGAAAUUAAAUUUAUUUAUGUGGCAGAGCGUAAACAUUCUUCAAACGUUUAUUUGAUAGUAAUUCAAAAAAGCAAUAAUUAAAAACAUUUACUCGGUGUUCAAACGAAGAAUAUUAAUAAUGACAAAUCCAAACCCUUAAUAUAAUCAACAUCUACCAAGUUUGUUUUCAUUUUACAUUUCGAAAUCGAUAAGUUUCAGAAACUUCUUUAUUUAUAUGAAAUAUAUUUUCUUAUUUUAAUCUGUAAACCGUAUCCCUGAAAGUUUCCCGGCUCGCACAGUGACCAAAAUUAGUUUGAAAAUUAAACAAUCAAGUAUAAGACUAAAAUUAAAACAUAUUAUUUUUCAUAAUAGAAUACUUUUUUUUUCAUUUUCUUUUUUUAUUGGGACCAAUAAACUCCAAUAACAAGGAUAAUUUUAAAACGUUAUAUCAAAAAAUUCUAAAAAAAAAAUAUGUAUAGGUAAUAAUUAUUAUAAUAAAAGUUAAAAUUGAGUGUACUGUAUUAUUAUGUACUUGGAAAAAAUAUGUUCUCAUUUCAUUCGAACACCAAUAAUGUCAUAUAGUUUUAAACAACUAUUAUAUUAGAUUGUAUAUUAUACAAACUACAAAUUAAAGAUAAAUAGAUUUUUAAUCUAAAAAAAUAAAAAUAAUAUUCAAAACUUUAUAUAGCUUAAUCUGUCAAUGUUAACAAAUCAGAAGCUAACUACGUUACAUUUUUUUCACAAUUACUAAGUUCGAAAUAAAAUCUUCAUGUGUAUAGGUACUUCACAGUGUUUUCAACAUUAUCAUCUACAAAUGAAAACAACCGGCUUGCGUUCAAUUACGAAUCGGAAAUAAAUAAAAUAAUAAUUUAUUUGUAUGAAUAUUUAAUUUAAUUUACUGUUCUAUUGCUCCUUAUUAUGUUUGUGUACCCUGAAAUAAGACAAUAGGUUAUAACUUUAUAAGUGAUAACUAUUAUUAUUUUCAUAACUGUUUUUUUAAAUUUUAUAAUUAAUAAUACGUUUAGUACCUAUAUACUUAGUUGUUUCUGAUAUUUUUACUUAAACGAAUAUUUUUCCAAACAGAGUAUGGUCUAUGAGUUCUAAAUUGUCUUUAUUCGAUGGUAUAAUAUAGGUAGUGCAAUAGAUACCAAAAUCUGUUUACAAUUUACAAAUAAUUUUAUAGUAGUUAUUGGAGUCAUUUCACAGUCUGCACAUUGCGUUUUAAGCUGAGUACCUACAGGAAAAAAGUUUAUAUGAACACGAUUACAAUUCGCGUUUUUCACGUUAUAUGUUUAUCUUUUUUUUCUAAAAAUAUUUUCAUGUGGAAUGGAUAUGACAAAAAUCUAUACAUUUUGUGUUAUACAAUUUUAAAAACAUCCUUCUGAAUAGUGGGUAUUUGAUUUGUUAUGAAUUGACCAAUGCAUAAUAUUGGAAAAACAUUUUGUAAAGCAAUCUCUAAUCUUGGGUCUAAAUAAGUGCCUUUUAAACACAGUUAGUAAUAAAUAAUAAUAUUGUUAGCUUAACCUGAUAAUGUGGUUAUAAUAAUAAUUUUUUUCGACGUAUAUCUUCUAAACUAUAUAUUUAUGAAAAUGUUCGUUUAAUCAAUACGACAAAAAUAAAUCAUUUUAUUUAAACACGAGUAUUAUAACUAUACCUUUAUGUAGUAACUAUUUCUACCACAUCGUGAAUGUAUUUUUUAUUUCUUUCUAUAAAAACGAUAAUCCAUAUUAUGAGGAUCAGUUCGUAUAUUACAUAGAUUGAGGUAGUAGGAAUAUAAUAUAGAUAGUUAUGUUUAGAUAACAAUUUCAAUUGUAUUGACGAAUUUUCUCAUUUACAGGUACUAGACUUAUAAAAAUAAUAAAAUAAAAAUAAAAAAUGGAAAAAUGGAAAAAAAUUAAAUAAUAACUAUCAUUGUAAGUUUUUAGAUCGGUGGGGUCAUUUUACACAUCGAUUCGUUAUAAUACAACAGAAAUGUUCUUUUUUUAUGAUAUUUUACUUUAUUAGGCGCAUUUGUUUUUUAUACGGACACUUUUGGCUAUAGACUAGUGCAAACAAUGUUUAUAAUAUAGAUUCGUCUACCGCGACUGUAAUUUAUAUAUUAUAUAAAUCACAAACGUUGCUACUGUGAUCAUUAAAGUUUAAAUAUAAUGUUAAUAAUAUUUUAAUAUAGUGUGCCCUUAUUAUUAUAUAUAUUAUAUUUAGCAUGUUUUUUGUACAUUCGACUUCAACAAAAAAUAUAGAACUGCUUUAUUUUUUAAAAAAACUAAAUUUAAUAAAAAAAAAAAACAAACGUCGAACUUAUACUCUCAUUGUUUACCACUUUUGUUGUACAUUCAUUUUCAUUUUCAUUUUAGGAACAAUUUUCGAGCUUUAGUCAAUUUUUUUAAUCUUGUUAAAAAAUUAUUAUCUAUUUAUGUAUUAUGUAUAAAUGAAAAACAAAUUAUUAUAUUUUCCAUCUCUGUAUUUGUGUUUUAAUUUUUAGAGAUUUUAAUUAAAGUAUAAUACGAGAAAUGUUUAUGAUAAUAUUAUUAUAAAAUGCAUUCCAUUACAAACAAGCAUUUCAAAACGUAUACGUUUAUUACUAUAUAAUUUUAUUUAAACGAUAUAAUUUGUACAUUUAUUUACUUUAAACUUUUAUUAUUAAUUAGUUUUUAGUUGUAUUAUUAAAAUACAUUAUGCAUUUUAUUAUUCUUUACAUUAAUUAAAAUAAAAAAAUAAAAAGCUACAAAUAUA